CACACUGAUUCCAAUGAAAACACAGAGAAGCCCAUUAAAGAGUCCAAGGCAAGGCAUCAAGAUAAAAAAUGAAAGUAAUCUCCAAUCACGUCCUCUCCAUGCGAUGAUCAUUUUAACAGUAUCUUUGGUUUGGUUGUGAAACUGUGCUUUGGAUUUUGAAUCGUCAUACUGUAUGAUCCAGAGUUUGGAAUAAUCAUGGAAAAAACACUGAACAUGUCGCAUUCAGGGAGCAGUAAAGGAAAGUGGUCCGCGGAUCUGGGGAAUCCCGCACAGAGACAGGCAAGAAGCGGCUCGUACAGUCCGGGAUCAGGGGCUGUUUCGGACACUCAUCCAUCUCAGACCCAGAAGAGACACUUGGAGGGGAUUUUGAACAAAUACACCAAUUUAUUACAAGGUUGGCAGAGCAGGUACUUUGUGUUGGACCCUGAGCUUGGCCAACUUCAGUAUUUCAUCAACGAGCACAAUAAGGACCAGAAGCCACGAGGGUCUCUGCCCCUAAUUGGCUCCUCGGUGGCCCUAAGCGACGAGUUUCCCUUCAUGUUCACAGUCUAUGCUGCGAAUGGAGAUCUCUUCAAACUGCGGGCUUGUGAUGCACGUGAGCAGCAGAUGUGGAUGACCCAGCUUCAGCUGUGUGCUCGACGCCACUCAGACGGCAGCGCCAAGGGCUGCACCUCCUCCUCCUCCUGCAACACCUCCUCUUCCUCCUCAUCCGGCCGGACCCGCAGCUUCUCCCUGCACCCACACCCCGUCCCACAGUGCUCCUCCAUCUCCGCCCAAAGACAGACCCCCCAGCACGGGAAGCCCGCCUCUGUCAUCACCAUCACCCACCACAAGUCCCCCACCGCCAGCCACCGGGCCUGCAGUCAGCAGCACCCUGCAGGACUGCACCAGGUCAAAGAGGUCAUGUCCCAGGCGGAGGGCCAACAGAAGAACCUGGUGAAUUCAAUCGAGUCGUUGCCGAGCCGCGGGCCGCUGUCUUCCCUGGAUCAGGACCUGCUCCUGCUCAAAGCCACGUCUGCAGCCACACUCAGCUGUCUGGGAGAAUGCCUGAGUAUCCUUCAGCACAACGUGUGCCAGGCUGCCCAACACAUCACCCACAGCCACACACAGGGAUCCAAUACAGAUAACAUCUCUACUUGGUCAAGGCCCAAAACUGCCCCAGAAGACCAUGUGAUUAACGGAGAAUUGGCACGUAACAACACCUCAGCCAUACAUCAGCCCCACUCCCCUGUUCAUAGGAACAAAGAACGCCUCAAAAACACAGAGAACUCCAGCCCAGAAUCGGUGGACUCCAGCGAGGAGGUCACAGACACAGAAGAUAAUGAGGAGGAAGACCUCGGAGUCUUGGAUGACCAGAGGAGCAUUAUCCUUCAUCUGCUGUCUCAACUCAAACUGGGCAUGGACCUCACACGGGUGGUGCUGCCCACGUUUAUCCUAGAGAAGCGCUCCCUUUUGGAGAUGUACGCCAACUUCAUGGCCCACCCGGAUGUGUUUUUGGCCAUCACGUCUGGAGCGACGGCAGAGGAACGCAUGAUCCGGUUUGUGGAAUACUACCUGACCGCCUUCCACGAGGGUCGCAAAGGUGCUGUGGCCAAGAAGCCUUACAACCCCAUUCUGGGAGAGAGCUUCCAUUGCACAUGGGACGUACCGCGAGAUAAGGUACGGCCCCUCAGGACUACCAGCUCAAGCCCAGCACCUGCGGCUGCUCAUUCCGCCCAGACCAUCUCCAAUGAUGGGUUAGGAUCUUACCGGCUACGCUUUGUGGCUGAACAGGUGUCCCACCACCCCCCAGUCUCUGGAUUUUACUGCGAGUGCAAAGAGCGCCGGACAUGCGUCAACACCCAUGUUUGGACAAAAAGCAAGUUCAUGGGCAUGUCCAUAGGAGUGUCAAUGUUUGGAGAAGGAGUCCUACAUCUCUUAGAGCAUGACGAGGAGUACGUGUUCACGCUGCCCUCAGCUUACGCUCGCUCCAUCCUCACAGUGCCCUGGGUGGAGCUGGGUGGGAAAGUUUCCAUCAGCUGCGCCAAAAGCGGAUACUCCGCCACCGUCACAUUUCACACCAAACCCUUCUAUGGAGGGAAAGUUCACAGAGUCACAGGUGAGGUAAAGCACAAUCCCACCGGUACCAUCGUAUGCAAGGCUCAGGGGGAGUGGAACGGGACCCUGGAGUUCACUUACAGCAGUGGAGAGACCAAAGUGAUUGACACAUCCAAACUGCCAGUCAUUAAGAAAAAGAUUCGCCCGCUGGAGAAACAGGCUCCGUAUGAAUCGAGACGGCUGUGGCAGCAUGUGACCGCGGCGCUGAAGGCCGGGGACAUCGAUGUAGCCACUGAGCACAAACAUCAGCUGGAGGAGAAACAGAGAAGAGAAGGGAAGCAGAGAACAGCCAGCAGCACCACCUGGAAACCCAAGUACUUCAUCAAAGAGGGGGAAGGAUGGGUGUACCACAAUCCUCUAUGGAAGACGAAGUGAUGAAGAAAAGCCGGAGCCACACGAUUCCGGUCCGUCACAGCCCCCGCCCCACAGAUGGGAGUGGCCAUGUAAACGAGGGGCUGGCCGACCAACGGGACCCAAACAGCAGGGAAAAAGAUUGAUCCUUUUCUCCAACUUGUCGUACGGAGAAUGAAAGGUGCCAAAAACAAAAAAAAAAGACUCUAGAGUGGUUAUAAUACCUCAAAAGCCCCUCCGGACGAUUAAGAUUUGGAUGUGGAGGCCUGAAUUGUGUGACCUUGUGCAAUAUGUUUAUAUUUGAAUAUUACUUCUGGUAAUCAAUACUACAGUAAAGUGAAUUUUUACACAGAAAAGAUGUAGCAUCUGUAUCAGAGAGUAUAACACAAAUAACCAAUAGCUAUUAUUUUAGAACACCGUAGAGCAUUCUGGUUAUUUGAGACCAGUGAGCACAGAGCGGCUAUAGUACGUGAGGACAUAUGUAUUCAUGUUCAAGAGACCUCACUCCCUCAUGUUCUUAUGUAUUAUUUGAAUGACUGAAUCAAUCUUACCAUUCGAUGGCAGUAUUGUGCUUCAGUCGAGUCUCUCACACCUGAAGAAAGAAUAAAAUGGAAAUUUGAAGAAAUGGAUUUUAAUAUCAUGUGCAAAUGUAUUUUUUCCUUCAUGAUUUAGCAAGGUCAGUGAUAUGCAUGCUUUUCAGUCACUUAUCUGAACUUUUCAUUAAAAUGCCUUUGAUUUCUAAAAAG